AGUCUUGUACUAUUUGCUAUUCGGAAAGCGCAGUCUAAUGACCAAAAGAAGAGUAGAAGGACGCUUCGUCUCCAAAAUCUUGGACCGAAACAGAAAAUUCGUCUGAUUUGUUUUUGAUUUUCGCCUGUGGCUGUUGUGAAUCAUCUGUCACGGCUGGUUUUAGAAAAGGGUGAAAUUCAACGGUGUGCUGAGAUGGAUGUCAGCAUUGCUGUCUCACUAAUCCGAGGCCAAAUGGGCACCGUGGUGGAGCAGGCGGUGAACGGAGCUGUGGAGACGGUCCUGGCCGAAAUGCUGAAGGUGGUGGGGGUCAAAUUUGAGGAGCUAAAGGCGCAGCUGGCACACAUGAAGCGGGACAUGAUGAUGCUGCAGCGAGAGAAGGCACUGAAGGAGAAGGAGAGCGACAAUGUCCGAGCCAAGCUGCGCUACACAGAGUUGAAACUGAAGUAUUACAGGCAAGGGGUGGAGGAGGAGUUGCAACACCGAGCGUCCAGCACUGCCCUGGUACGAAGCCACCAGUCCAAAUGCCCUCCGGCACAGGCCGGUGGGGCUGGCAACACCUCCACAGGAGCUUCACCCUCGUGCUCCUCUCAGAACUCCACAGCUGAUGAUCCAUCAUCAAGCAACCAAGAAUCUCCACAGCGCAUGAAUCGGCUUUGCAUCAGAUCAUGCACACAGCCAGACUUGCAAGUGGUUAGUCCUGAACCAACGGACGGCAUUUUGGCGGUGAACCUUCCCAUGAGUACAGAAUGUCUGGAUAAUUCCGCUCUGCUCUGUCACCCGGACCAAGAUGGUCCUCUGAGCACAGGCGGGAGAGGUCAGGAGAGCGACUGGAGUGUCACUGUGCAUCCAAGCUUAGACGACACAGACACGAUUGUGAUCCCGCCUCCUUUCCCAUCCCAUGACACCGACCAGCAGUCUUCCACCAGACCUCCGUCCCGCCAUGGCUCACCACAGGUGGAUAGCUCAACACUGGCCACCUCCACAACACAGGUGAAAGUGGAGGAGGAGGAUCAGCAGGUGAUCUGUAUCAAGGAGGAGCCAGAGGAGGCCCCGGAAGUCAUAUCCUGCUUACUGCUGGACAAUCAGUUGAACCGUGGCCAUCUGGCUCAGUCAGAGGUUUCGAUGUCUGCCGCACAGUGGUCAGGACCUCAGGCCAGCCAGAGAACAUGCUCCUCAGGUUUCAGCUCAGCUGGACCAAGCUCUUCCUAUGCCACGCCUCAGCAAGCCUUUCCUGCCAUUGCCCCACUGCCUCCUGACACUCCACGGCAGAUGGUGCGGGGUCCGUGGACUAAGGACAUCAGCUUAUAUGAAGAGUACAAACUGCGGCGCAAUGAGCUACGCCGGCGAAGCCUUAAUCGACGGCGAGAGCUGGAAAAAACGCUGCCUCAGCCUCUGCUGGCCGAUCUGGUACGGGAACGGCGAGAAAAGACCAGACUGAGGGUGGCCAGAUGGCGGGCAAAGCGGAAACUGCAGGCUUGUCUCAACCAGGUUCAGACUCAAGGUGGCGCAGUGGCUCUUUCCCAGGAUGGUUUCCCAGUCAGUGGUCCUCAUCAACACAAAGCAUCUUGUGCAUCCACUUCCAGUCCGCUCAACAAUGUGGUUAUCUCUGCAGUCACGAACUUCCCAUUCGUCACGCCGACGUCGUCGUCCUCCCUGUUCCGGAGGGGCCCGAAUAUGGCCACACAUGUUGAUCAACACACGUUGAUGUCAGCAUCACAUUCGUCUGCCUCUUAUCCGCAGGUUAGCAUUUCGCAACAGAGCAAGUCUGUGAUGGACGCCAAUGUCGAUUUAUGAAAAUCCAGGCUUAGCUACCAUUCUUUGUCUGGCAGUGGCACUCUUGACACUUCUUUAUGUGUACCGGUAGUUUAAACACUGAAUGCCAUUCAUAUCCUGUAGGGAUGGGGUGUUAGUCAAUUUUGAAAUAUAAAAUGUUUGAAUUGAAAAAAUACAGGAUUGCCUAUUCAAUACUUUGCAUGGCAAAAAGUACAUUCUUUUAAAAAAAGUUAUUCGUCAGAAAUAUUUCCCAAGAAUUCUAACAAUUUAACAUGAGAUGCUUUGUUUAAAAAAAAGAAAAAAGUUCCAGAAAAACAGCGCCAUCUCCUGGUUGCUGCACUUAUUUUGCCUCCAUUGAGUUGACUUCAUAGACCAGAGACAGGCAACUGGCAACCCACGAGUGCACACUCGGAGUGGCCCUUGAUUCGGUUGUGAAAAUAAAUAGUUUACUGUAGCGAAAGAGUUUUUUUUGUAAGUGUUUGCCAUUGGAUAGGGCACCAUCAAACCGAAAACUGUCCGGUGCUUCUGUAUCAGAGAAGAAGAGAGAGUGCUUUAUCUCCCGCAUUAGGUCAAAAAAUGGUGUCUUUCAGGUAAAACAAGAAGCAGAUUUUAUGUUUACCCAAUUUAAACCAAAGUCCCUAGUUUGCUGAGAGCAGGCAUGUCCAGCUCUGGGCCUGGAGGGCCACUGUCCUGCCUGUUUUCCAGCUCUCCCAGCUGCAACACACCUGAUUCAGAUGAUCAGCUCAUCAGCCAGCUCUGAAGCAGCAUUAGAACGUUCCUGAUUAUUUGAAUCAGGUGUGUUGCUCUUGGGAGAGCUGGAAAACAGGCAGGACAGCGGCCCUUGAGGACCGACUUUGGACACCCCUGGCUUAGAGAGACUAUUAGCCAUGAAAUUUUGCAACUUACGUUGCCACCACAACAUUGAUCUCAAGAGUACACAAAACGCAAUUCCCACCACUGACACACACAGCAUGCACACAAAAAAUGUUGACAGUUUAUUUUGAAGGCCAUUAGGAGUUACAAAAAAUCACAUUGAAAUCAAAUCACAGUAUGUGGUUGGUUUUGCAUUGCUUUAUUGCUUUGUAGUUGAUCAGUACAUUUGAGCAUGCAAGAUAUGAAGAUAUUCUUUUGCAUAUUGGUCUAAUAAGAAACCAAAAACAGAUAUGCACAUAUUUAUUGUCCAUAUUUAAAAUGGCAUUUUUGUCCAACAUCUGGUUUGUCAUACAUCUCGUUCUUUGGAACCCUCCCUUAGCGCUGACAAAAAAUUGCCGCCCUCCUCAAUCGUUUAAGUUGCGAAUCCCUGACAUUGAGUACAUUGACGCUAAACUUUACUUUCCUAUUGAAAUGAGAAGACUCACACAUUUUAGAAAUGUUUAGAAAAGGUGCCUCAAUGAAACUUUUAAGUCACCUUUAGCUCAGGUGACUCCUGACCAACUAUUCAGUAGGAGGAGCUAUAUAACCCACAGUCCUUCACAUCAACUAUAUUCACAGCAACAGACUACCAACAGACAUUGCGAAGACGCUGACUAUAGACUUAAAAAGUACAGAAGAUAUUAGAAUUUGCAUCAAGAAUAAAUAGGCUUACGGAACAGUAGCCUUGCCUCAACAGUAAGACUCACCUUCCAAUCCAUUGAGAAAAUAAAAGCUGUCAACUCUAAAUUUAAAAAGACCAAUUUUAAAGGAUUAAACUUUCAAUGAGAGAAAAAGGACACAAAAAGAAAAAGCAAUGCUUAUCAUUGCACAAUGACCAAUUUCAACCUGCUAUGCUUUCAGUUCUUGAAUUUCAUCUCUCUUUGAUUCAGUGACGCAUUCUAACAAACGUAGAGAAAAGGUUAUGGGAUUUGACUUUCUGAAUAGGCCCUCUGCCUUGAGAGCUGAAUUAUACAUCGUCAGUGCCGCCAUAUUGUAUGUGGCAUAGAUGAGCGAUCGAUGAAGAUGCCUCGUUCAUUUGAUGCCCGGUGAUGUACACAUUGCAUCCGGAAAGUAGUCACAGUGCUAAUGCACUUCAGUUUCCCCGCAUUUUAUGUUACAGCCCAAUUUCAAAAUUGAAUUCAAUAUUAUACACAUUUUUCCUUCAAACAUAUAUGUACAUUGACACCAUAAAACAUAUAUAUAUACAGUAUACAUAUCUAUAUAUUUUUUGCUAAUUUAUGUUAAAAAUAAAAUAAGAAAUCAUACAUGCAUAAAUAUACUUUUAAAAUGGGCCUAUUACAUCGACAAGGGUCCAGCCUUGUCGAUGUAAUAGGCCCAUUUUUUUUGAAAUUUGUGUAGGCUGAAAAUGUGAGUUGCAUAUUUUUGGGGUGAUUGUGACUGGUCUGAAUUCACUGCUCGCUUAGCCUGCAGAUAUCAUUAAAAUAUUGGGUGUUAUUCAAAUCUUGAGGAACUCAAUUUUCUAACAGAGUAUAACGUACGGGCAAGUAGACAAGGAGGUGAUGUAAAUCCCUUGGCUUGUUCCAAACAUAGCGAAACUGUACCGCAUUCGGUGCACUAGAACUCCUCUGGCGAUCGGUAGGGAUGAAAUACAAAUUCCUAAAUAAUUAAUAAAUGUACUAUAAUUACAUCAUUUAUGCCCAUCCCUGAUAAUGUCGCACCCCUCUUCUUCACUUUGUGUCUUUGGUGAGCAUCAAAAACCUUCGAGUAUUGUUCAACUGUUAUCAGAUGCGCACACAACUGUCAAAUGACUAACAUCAUUUUUUAGAUGAAACGUGUGCAGAAACUAAACAUGUUUCCUGUUUUUUGUAUUAUGUUGACUGGAUCCCAUUAAAAUGUGCUGUGCGAGUAAA